AUGAAGACUUUGACUGCUUUGCUCCUUGUGAGUCUUCUAGCUUUUUGGAUAGGAUUACCUACCACUGAUGGUGCUGGAAUCGCAUAUGUGAUACCUCGUAUUUGUCCCAGAAAUCCAUUUCGGUGUACUAUACCAGGGAUUGAUCGUUGCAGUUCUAGCUAUGACUGUCCAGGAAACCAAAUGUGCUGUUCAUACAAUUGUGCCCGGGUCUGCAGACUCCCACAAGUGAGACCUAGGAUUUGCCCCACAAUCCCAUUUCAGUGUUCGUCAUCGCUAAGAAUCAGUCGUUGCAGUACUGACUAUGACUGUCCAAGGAGCCAGAUAUGCUGUUCUUCCCUCUACUGCGGCAGGGUCUGCAGAUUCCCACAAGGUAUCAUGUUUCACUAA